AUCCUUCCGUACCACAACCGUUCCUUUUAGGAUAAAAUCAAAUUAGAUUAUAGCAAUUCCUAAUUCCGAUCCUCACCCACAGUUCUUCUGGGCUCUCUAUAACCUUCUCCAUUUUUCCAUUUAUCUCCAAAUUCCUCAUGUCUCUCUCUGCUCUAUCCAAACCCAAAUCCCUAACCCUAACCCUAAAUCUCCUCCGUCCUCACCUCUUCCGCCGUCCUUUCUCCUCCCCUUCCGAUCACGAUCUCACCGACCUCCCUGAAUCUCCUUCUUCUUCCGAUCCCCUUCUUCGCAACCUUGAGGACGCUAUUCAACGCAUCCUCGUUCGACGAUCUGCCCCCGAUUGGCUCCCCUUCGUUCCCGGCGCUUCCUAUUGGGUUCCUCUGCCUUCUAAUUCCCAUUUACCUCCCAUUGCCAACGUUCUUCGUAACUUGGCUAACCCUCUCUCUCCUGAACAAUCCUUGUCUACCACUACCGUCCGUGGCUGGCCCUCUUCUCAUUACUUCAUUCAAGGUACGCAUCUUCCUUCUCUUGAUCCGGAGGUUGACACCACGUCGACUGAAUGUGAUGCUUCCCUUGACCACGAGGAAGGGUGAGAAUCCGAUCUGGGCGUGUUCCUAUUAGUUCUCAUACUAAACUAGUUUCUGCCCCUGUAGUGAAGUCUGAAUUAUAUUUUCUUUUGCUCUGCAAGUUAUUAGAUUUGUAUAUUGAGAGACUUUUAAUCAAAUAAUUAACUUGAUAGCUCCUUUCUUGUGGUUAAUUUCUACAAAUUAACACUCUUCAGAUUGUCACAUUCUCUACUUUCCUCUACUCUCACUUCAUAUUGCAACGAGAAGCACACUUCGGUUUGUAGCUUGCUUGGUGUUGUUUGAAAUCUUGUGUAAUUUUUGGAAGAUCAUUCCUUUUUAGGUUCAUCUACUCGCCGCGAGGUUGUUACCUUUCUCUUUUGAUAUUGUAACCUUGUUUCUUAAAAACAAGACUGUAGAUUUUGGGCGUCUAUCCAACAUUUCUUUUGAAA